AUGAAUAUAGUUGAGUACAGAAAGCAUCAGAAUGAAAACUAAAUAAGAACUUGUUGUUGCAAAAGAAGAGCUCCUUGGGAAUUACAACCAGACAGAAAAGUAUAACAGGUUUUUAAAUUCUUAGAUUCUGAUUGGUACCGCAGAUAAAAAUAUUCCCAAUAAUAGAGUAGAGACUUCUAAGUAUAAUAUGCUCACAUUCUUACCCAAAAACUCAUUAGAAUAAUUUAGGAAAGCAUCUAAUUUGUAUUUUUUGCUUUUAGGCAUAUUGUAAUCAAUUUGAAUUCAAUUUAGUUAAAUCCUUCCUCCAGUCACAACUACUGAUGGACAACCAACUGUUUAUUUACCCCUUUCAUUCAUUAUUAUGGUCAGCAUGAUCAAGGAUUUUUUUGAAGACUUUAAAAGGUACCUCAAUCAUCACCAUUAGACACCGAGCAGAUGAUGAAGAAAACAAUCGAACUGUAUAGAAAUAUUCACUUCGAACAGGAGUUUUCGAAUAUGACAAAUGGUAAAAUGUUUAUGUAGGAGACAUUAUAAGGAUUGCAAAUAAAUAGGUAUGAUUUUAACUUAAGAGUAGAGAAUUCCUGCUGAUAUUAUUAUAUUAGCAACUUCGAAAGGAGGAGAAUGUUUUGUAGAAACUAAGAAUCUAGAUGGUGAAACUAAUCUCAAACCUAAAUAUGCACAUCCAUAAUUGCAAACAUUAUACAGAUAAUUAAAUGAGAAAGAGUUACCUUAUAAUUUGUAAUUUUGAAAUAAAAUAUCUUAGAUUUGUGACUAUGGAUUUUGAAAGAUAAAAUCCUCUUAUGUAUAAAUUUAAGGGAAGUUUCAAUAUUGUUAAUGAAAAUAAAGAAUUACCAAAGGAACCAUUAAAUUAUGAAAAUUUUUUAGAAAGAGGAUGUUCUCUUUAAAAUACUGAUUGGAUUUUAGCAGUUACUGUAUAUACAGGUCAUGAUACUAAGAUAAUGAUGAAUUCUAUUAUAGGAAAGAUGAAAUAUAGUACAGUUGAGAAAUUGAUGAGCAAAUAAAUUUUAUGGGUAUUCUUAUUUUUGUUGUUUGAAUGUAUAUUUGCAUCAACAUAUUAUAAUGUAUGGUACUAAAGAAAUGUGAAUGAAUUACAAUCUUAUUUGAAUAUUGAUUAAAAUGCUCCAGAGAAUAAUUCCUUUUACAAUUUUAUAUUAAGAUUUGCAAUGUGGUUUUUAUUAUUAGGUAAUAGUGUUCCAAUUUCAUUAUUGGUUACAUUAGAAACAGUUAAAUUCUUUUAAGCUUAAAUGAUAUAAUGGGAUAAGAAUUAUUUAACCUUUGAUCGACCAGCAGCUGUUCAUUCCUCAAAUUUAAGUGAAGAAUUAGGAGUUAUUGAAUAUAUAUUUAGUGAUAAAACAGGAACAUUGACAUAAAACAUAAUGAAAUUUAAAUCUAUUAUAAUUGAUGAUAUUGUUUAUGGAGAUAUAGAGGAAUAACCUUAAUAAGAAAUAAUAGAUGAGAAACCUUUUAAGGAAAAAUAGAGAAUUGUAUCAUAAAAUGUAGAUUUUACAGAUGACACCCUAUAUUCUGAAUUAGUAUCUGAAUUCAUGAAUAAAAAAUCUGCUAAGAAUUUCUCAAAUAAUGAUCAUGUAUUCUUAACUCUCCUAUGCUUAUCUUUAUGUCAUACUAUAUAAACAGAAUUAGUUGAAAAUAUUGAAUCAGAAAUUUAAUAUAAUGCAAGUUCUCCAGAUGAAUUAGCAUUGGUAAGUUUUGCAGCAGAGAUGGGAUUUAAAUAUAUUGGUAAAGAAGACAAUGUAAUGAAGGUUUACAUUAAACAUAGUAAAGAAACCUUAAAGUUUCAAAUAUAAUAGAUUAUUGAAUUCAAUAGUACUAGAAAGAGAAUGUCUAUAGUUUUAAAAGAUUAAAAUGGAAGAUUGACCUUAUUUUGUAAAGGAGCUGAUAAUGUUAUUUAUCUAUGUUAUAAGAUUUUGACGAAAAUGAUUCUAUUUAGAAAAAUAUCUUAUUUGAAAUUAAAAAACAGUUACAAGAAUAUGCUACAAUUGGUUUAAGAACUUUAGUUUUAGGAUAUAAAGAAUUGGAGUAGAAAGAAUAUGAAAAGUUUUUAUCUGAAUAUAACAGAGCAUAAGCUAUUUUAGAUGAUGAUUAAUUAAGAGAAUCAUUAAUGAAUCAACUAGAAGAAAUGAUUGAAAAUAAUUUAUAAUUAUUGUGUGCAACAGCAAUUGAAGAUAAAUUAUAAGAUAAAGUUGGAGAAGUAAUUGCUGAUUUAAAAUCUGCUGGAAUUAAUGUAUGGGUUUUGACUGGAGAUAAAAUAGAAACAGCUAUUAACAUUGGUUUUUCAUGCAAAUUACUGACAGAUUAAGUUAAACGAUUUAUAAUAGAUGGGGAUGUAGAAGGAUAAGUUGAAAGAUAAUUAGCUAAAGUUACUAAUUACAUUAAUGAUCAUCCUGAUGAACCUUUAUCAUUAAUAGUAUCAGGUGUAGCUCUUGUUAUUAUUAUACACAAUUUUAAAGAAGUUUUCUUUAAAGUGGCUUUGAAGGCAAAUGCUGUUAUGGCUUGUAGAGUUUCACCUAAGCAAAAAUAAGAAAUUGUAAAUUUAGUUAGAAGAUUGACUGGCAAAAUAACUUUAGCGAUAGGUGAUGGUGCAAAUGAUGUUGCUAUGAUUACUUAGGCUCAUGUUGGUAUAGGAAUUAGAGGUUUAGAAGGGUAGUAGGCAGCAAAGGCUAGUGAUUAUGCUAUUGGAGAAUUUAAACAUUUAAGAAGGUUGUUGUUUUAUUCAGGACAUGAAUCAUAUAGGAAAAANUAUUGAUGAUAUUGUUUAUGGAGAUAUUGAGGAAUAACCUUAAUAAGAAAUAAUAGAUGAGAAACCUUUUAAGGAAAAAUAGAGAAUUGUAUCAUAAAAUGUAGAUUUUACAGAUGACACCCUAUAUUCUGAAUUAGUAUCUGAAUUCAUGAAUAAAAAAUCUGCUAAAAAUUUCUCAAAUAAUGAUCAUGUAUUCUUAACUCUCUUAUGCUUAUCUUUAUGUCAUACUAUAUAAACAGAAUUAGUUGAAAAUAUUGAAUCAGAAAUUUAAUAUAAUGCUAGUUCUCCAGAUGAAUUAGCAUUGGUCAGUUUUGCAGCAGAGAUGGGAUUUAAAUAUAUUGGUAAAGAAGACAAUGUAAUGAAGGUUUACAUUAAACAUAGUAAGGAAACCUUAAAGUUUCAAAUUUAAUAGAUUAUAGAAUUCAAUAGUACUCGAAAGAGAAUGUCAAUAGUUUUAAAAGAUUAAAAUGGAAGAUUGACCUUAUUUUGUAAAGGAGCUGAUAAUGUUAUAUUAUCAAUGUUAUAAGAUUUUGACGAAAAUGAUUCUAUUUAGAAAAAUAUUUUAUUUGAAAUUAAGAAAUAGUUACAAGAAUAUGCUACAAUUGGAUUAAGAACUUUAGUUUUAGGAUAUAAAGAAUUGGAGUAGAAAGAAUAUGAAAAGUUUUUAUCUGAAUAUAACAGAGCAUAAUCUAUUUUAGAUGAUGAUUAAUUAAGAGAAUCAUUGAUGAAUCAACUAGAAGAAAUGAUUGAAAAUAAUUUAUAAUUAUUGUGUGCAACAGCAAUUGAAGAUAAAUUAUAAGAUAAAGUUGGAGAAGUAAUUGCUGAUUUAAAAUCUGCUGGAAUUAAUGUAUGGGUUUUGACUGGAGAUAAAAUAGAAACAGCUAUUAAUAUUGGUUUUUCAUGCAAAUUACUGACAGAUUAAGUUAAACGAUUUAUAAUAGAUGGGGAUGUAGAAGGAUAAGUUGAAAGAUAAUUAGCUAAAGUUACUAAUUACAUUAAUGAUCAUCCUGAUGAACCUUUAUCAUUAAUAGUAUCAGGUGUAGCUCUUGUUAUCAUUAUACACAAUUUUAAAGAAGUGUUCUUUAAAGUAGCUUUAAAGGCAAAUGCUGUUAUGGCUUGUAGAGUUUCUCCUAAGCAAAAAUAGGAAAUUGUAAAUUUAGUUAGACGAUUGACUGGCAAAAUAACUUUAGCUAUUGGUGAUGGUGCAAAUGAUGUUGCUAUGAUUACUUAGGCUCAUGUUGGUAUAGGAAUUAGAGGUUUAGAAGGGUAAUAGGCAGCAAAGGCUAGUGAUUAUGCUAUAGGAGAAUUUAAACAUUUAAGAAGAUUAUUGUUUUAUUCAGGACAUGAAUCUUAUAGGAAGAACAGCAAUUUAAUUCUAUUUAACUUUUACAAGAAUUAAUUAUAUAUUGGAGCUUUUUUCUUUUUUGGUUUUUCAAAUGGAUUUAGUGGGCAAAAUCUAUAUGAUUAAUGGCUGUCUUAAAUUUUUAAUGUAUUUUUUACAAGUUUACCUAUUAUUUUAUAUGCUCUAUUUGAUGAGAAAUAUCCAAAUUCAAAUUAUAUGCAAUUAGUUUAGGAUAAGGCAAAUUUCUUAGAAUCUAGACCAGAUAUUUACAGGGAGUAUUUGACAAAGCCUAUCUUUAAUUUAGUGUCCUUUUGGCAAUAAUUCUUAUGGGGUUUGUUAUAAGCAAUAUUAUUGAUGGUGAUUUCAUUUUAUGCAUUUGAACCUAUUUCCCCACAUGUUCAUGGAUAGAAUUCUACCUACUUAGAAGCUGGAAUGACUAUAAUGAGUGCUGUUGUAUUUAUUGUAAAUUUUAAAGUGCUACUUCUACACAAUACUGUAAAUAUUAUAUAUUAAUAUUUUCUAGAAUUAUCCCAUUAUAGUUUAUAUAAAUAUUGGAUCAACAACUUGUUUUAUAUUAUUUUUCUUACUUUUCUCACAAUACCCUUUUUUUGAAAGUUUUGAUCUCUUUCAACGAUUGUAUGAGUGUUUUAAUUAUUAUUUGGCUAUGAUAUUGAUGUUGACUGUAACUAACUUUUUUGAUCUCGGAAGACAAAGAUACAAUUACUUUGUGGAAUAAUAUAGAGAGCAAUAGUAAAACAAUCCACCAAAUUAAUUAGAAAUUGAAAUGUGA